AAAGAUAUUUAAUUGGUGAUGACAACAAAAGAAUUGUGCUUGGCUUUUUACAGUUCUGCUGUAAUUAUUAAGCAUGAAACCUUUGUUUAAUCCUACUGGUAUUUUAAUGUAGUAAACAUGGCAGGUUGUACUUGCUCCCUUCCAGAUUAAUCUUUAGGUAACUGAAAUUUUGAAAGCAGAAGUUUAGCUUGCUAUGUACAGUCUAGUGUUGUUUUUUAAAGAAAAGUAAGAGUGUGUCCUUAGGCUUUGUUUUUUUUGCAUAGUAAUACAGAUUUUCAGUGCAUUUUUAUGGCAAUACAAACGUAGCUGUGCAGCCUUAUACUGAGACCAGAGUGUACACAAAUUGUCAUGUUAUGGGCAAGAAGAACGCUUAAAAUGCUGACUUGCUUUGACUCUGGAGACAAAAUAAGUGGGUGCCUAAUGGUGGAGGAACAAUUUGUGCUAAACAGCUUUAUUUUUUGGAACUAUGCUUGUUUUGCUGUCCAUUCCAUAGCCAUUUAAAAAAUUUAUUUGAAAAAGCACAAUACUUUUUUUUUUUUUUUCUUUAGGGGUAAGUCUUAGGGAAUAGACAAAGUGGACAAGUUUCAGGUUGCAGCCAGAGCACAUGCUGUGCAGAGUACCUGAGAAUUCACAGUAGGAUUUCCUCCAGCUCCUUUAAGUAUGUAAAGAUCCUGGACCUGAGGGAAUAGGCUUUCCAGUGCUAGAGUGGCAUUUGAAAUUCCCAAAAGCCAAGCCUAUGGAGAUGGCAGUAUUCCACAGUUAAAAGAGAGCAAGAUGUAUAUUUUAAUGCGGUGCCUGUUCUUUUUUUUCCUUUCUUCCCUUCCACACACACUUUCUACCCUUUGCCCCUCCUCUUCCCCCCUUUUUAGUGCCAGCCAUAGUGGCACCUUACUUCCAGCCAAGAGGUGGGCAGGCAAACAGGCAGCUGUCUCCAGAGCUGAUAGCAAACUUGUUCUGUAGAAUCCAUCGGGAUGCAUAGGAGUGGGAUGAUUGGCAUGUUCCACCCUCAAGACUACCAAGCACAUCAUCUCUGCAGCAAGCUCAGCCUCCGAGCCUAGGGACGUAUGUAUCCGUUCCCAAGCUCAGGCCUCUCCCUGGGCAGCUUAGGAGAUACCACUAUACUACAGGGCUUGCCAGGUUUACUUCGUGUAUUGCCUUUUUUAACAUCCUCAACGAGUUGAAUGACUAUGCAGGACAACGAGAAGUCGUUGCAGAAGAAAUGGGACACAGAGUGUAUGGAGAAUUGAUGAGAUAUUCUCAUGAUCUAAAAACUGAGAGAAAAAUGCAUCUUCAGGAAGGACGAAAGGCUCAGCAGUAUCUGGACAUGUGCUGGAAACAGAUGGAUAAUAGCAAAAAGAAAUUUGAGAGAGAAUGCAGAGAGGCAGAGAAGGCACAGCAAAGCUAUGAACGACUGGACAAUGAUACUAAUGCAACGAAGGCUGAUGUUGAGAAGGCUAAGCAGCAGUUGAACCUGCGCACACAUAUGGCUGAUGAAAACAAAAAUGAAUAUGCUGCACAACUACAGAAUUUUAAUGGAGAACAGCACAAACACUACUACAUUGUCAUUCCUCAGAUCUACAAGCAACUUCAAGAAAUGGAUGAAAGAAGAACUAUCAAACUUAGUGAAUGUUACAAAGGCUUUGCUGACUCCGAGCGCAAGGUUAUUCCAAUUAUCUCAAAAUGCUUAGAAGGGAUGAUCCUUGCAGCAAAAUCAGUUGAUGAACAUAGAGACUCUCAACUAGUGAUAGACUGCUUCAAAUCUGGAUUUGAACCUCCUGGAGAUUUUCCAUUUGAAGACUACAGUCAGAAUAUUUACAGAACUAUCUCUGAUGGAACCAUCAGCACACCAAAGCAAGAGGGAAUGAGAAUUGAUACAAAAACUACAGUUGGCAAGGCUAAAGGAAAGCUGUGGCUAUUUGGAAAGAAACCAAAGCCACAAUCCCCACCCCUAACCCCUACUAGUUUAUACACAUCCAGUACUCCUAAUGGGUCCCAGUAUCCCAUAUUCUCCAUUGAACCAGUGCAUUAUUGCAUGAGUGACAUAAAAACAGGGAAGCCCAGAAUUCCUUCUUUCAGAAGCCUCAAAAGAGGGUGGUCGGUGAAGACGGGCCCUGCACUGGAAGAUUUCAGCCAUCUCCCUCCAGAACAAAGACGCAAGAAACUGCAGCAGAGAAUCGAUGAACUUAACAGAGAGCUACAGAAAGAAACAGACCAAAAAGAUGCCCUCAUCAAGAUGAAGGAUGUUUAUGAAAAAAAUCCCCAGAUGGGUGAUCCAAGCAGUUUGCAACCAAAAUUAACUGAGACAAUGAGCAAUAUGGACCGUCUUCGGAUGGAAAUACACAAGAAUGAGGCCUGGCUCUCUGAAGUUGAAGGUAAAGUAGCAGCCAGAAGCGACAGGCGGCACAGCAGCGACAUCAACCACCUUGUCACCCAGGGCCGAGAGAGCCCUGAAGGGAGUUACACGGAUGAUGCCAACCAGGAAGUUCGUGGCCCACCGCAGCAACAUGCUCAUCCCAAUGAGUUUGAUGAUGAGUUUGAAGAUGAUGAUCCAUUACCAGCUAUAGGACAUUGCAAGGCAAUAUAUCCGUUUGAUGGUCAUAAUGAAGGCACUCUAGCAAUGAAAGAAGGGGAAAUUUUGUACAUUAUUGAGGAGGACAAAGGAGAUGGGUGGACAAGAGCUCGAAGACAUAAUGGAGAGGAAGGCUAUGUGCCAACAUCAUAUAUAGAUGUAACGCUAGAGAAAAACAGCAAAGGUGCAGUAACCUAUAUCUAACAGUAAAACUGGCAGCUCUCACUUGUACAUUCUCCAGGGAAAAUAGUGGAAAAAAUUGUAAGUUAUACAGGCUCAUGGCAAGAAUUACAGAAUCAGAAGUCAGCAAUGAAUGGGGAGUCAGUCGCAGUUCUUUUCAGAGUUGAACACAUUAAAUUACUCAUCUUACACUGGUCUGUAAUUUUGGCCAAUGUCUUCUGCUUUCCUGCUUUACAAAGCACUAAAUCCAAUUCAGCUAUUGAACUGAAAAAGACCAGGAUUCCUGCUUGAUCUGUGGAACACUUAGUUCUUACAGAGAACUGAAAAAUUACUUACGUUUUAAAGAUCUCCAAGACUUACUGUUCCCAGUUUUAUGACUUAAUCUCUGUUUUAAGAAUAUAGUUUUUCUUCCUCUAAUAACUAACUGAACUCAGUUACUGAAAAUUAUUAAUUUCCUUCCUUAGCAAAUACUUGGCAGCUUUCACUUCUUAAACAGGAAAAUGUUUUCUGAUUCUGAAAGUUCAACAAAAAUACUCAGGAAUAAACAUUAUGAUUAAGAAGGACAGAAAGUCCACUGACCUAUCUCCUUCCUUUCAGUACUCAUAAUGUAGAAUGUUCUGCAUUGGACAUGAUGUCAUUGUUUUAACUCUAGAUACCAUGAACAAACAAAAAAAGAUCACAUGUAAUGCUUGAUGUCUUACUGAAAACUCCCAGCCUCUGAGAAGGGAAUGAUUUUAUAUUCUUAAUCUGUGCCUGUAAACCAAGUCUUUGAAUUGUAUUGUGUUUAGUCUGAAGACAGUGUCUUAAAUGUACAGUAAGUCUCCUCAUUGUUAGAUCACUGAGGAUUGGAAACUACAUUGCACAACUUGAUUACUGGAAAAAAAAAAAGCUAAUUUCAUACUUCUAAUGAGAGUUUGUGGACUUAAGUACAAGGCUAAAUGUAAAGCCACUGAGAAUGGCCUGUUAAGAACUGAGCACGCUUCUCUGUCUUCUAAAGGCCUUCAGUAACUUUGUUCUUUUCUUUUUCCUCUUGGACUGCAGGUUCCUGAAGCGGGUUUCUGAGAAAAUGGGCGAGAUCUUGAAGGAGGUUACAUGCAGCUGCUGGGGGGGUGGGGGUGGGGAGGGGAGGGGUACUAGACUGGGAGGCCCAAGGGAAAAGCUAGUUGCAUGAAUGCAUGCAGACAUACAUUUAGUAGUCACUAACAUCUUAGCAUCUCCAUAUAUAGGUAAGGAUGUAUUACAAACCUUCAAUUUGUGCAGGAAAAUAGAGUUCCAUUACCAGAGUAAAAAGGCUACUGCUCCUAAAAUUGCUUUAUUUUCAUUGUCCUAGGUUGUCCCAGGUGCACAAACUAUAUUUUAGCUUGUGCUACAUUUUGAUUUUCUCUGUUUUGCUCUUUUCCAACUCACUUUUAGUGGCAGUCAUUUAGAGCCCCGUAUCAGUUAUCAGUCUGCCUGUGCCACCUCCAUGCUCGCCGUUAACCUCCUCCUGCAUGCCUAGGACAGUCAGGCAUGUUCUGUGUAACACUUUGGCAUCAUUGCUCAUCUUAUUUUGUAACAAAUCAUUUUCUUUAAAUAUCUUCAGCACUAGAGUUUCAUCCCAGUAUCCAUGUGUGCUGCUGUAACAAUACCACUGCAACCAUCAUUACAUUCCAGAUGUUUGGCAUAACUGAUAAGCGACUGUAAGGUAUUCUGUUAAUUUGGGGAAAUAAUGCAUCUCAGCUCUAGCCUACAAUGCAAUCAAGAGAAACUCCUAGAACUGUGGUCCAUCUUCAGCCCUUCAGUAACCUGUUGUGAGCACUGACAGCCUGGAGCACAACCAGAGGAUUCACCACUGCGAGCUAAUGACUGUUUUCAGAGGUCAACCACUUGCCAUUCAACUGCUGCCUUAAACUAGAGUGCCUAAAUCUGUUGUUUGCCAACACUACCACUUACAGUAUCCCACAAAGGGCUUUGUGUCUCAGCUCUUUUCACAGUGCUGCAGCUGCUGAGGUAGCCACGGUAGGUGUUUUCUAGAGCUCUACUUUACUGGAUACAUGGUGCAUCCAUGAAUUUUAUACAUUGAAACGUGUAUCUCUUCAUUUGAUUUUUAAUAUUUUUUUAAGAUAUUUUUAUGGAAACUGUCUUUUAGUUUUUCACUAUGACGUUCCAAUUUCAAUUACUGCAGUGCUAGUCCAUUUCCAGGUGAAGCUUCAUUGUAUGGAUCAGGUGACAUUUGAGUGAUACUUCGUAAUGAUCUUUGUGCACUUUCACUUGUAAACAAUUGAAAUUUGGAUAUGUUUAUACGUGUAAAUAUAGUUGUCUGCAGUGCCCCUAUUGCUUAUGUUGUCUUGCCUUCCAUUUGUGGUUCUAUUAAUAAACACAUCAUAUCUGAUUGAUUAGGGUGAUAAGAAUUAGACUAGAGAUGUUGGGGGGAGGGAUACUUACAUCAACACAAGCUUGUCAACCCAGCCACCUGCUGUUUGGCAGUGUACUAUGGAAUUAUAAUUAAAACAUCCAUUAUGGAAUAACAAUUGAAACAUGUUUUCUGGAGUCUAAAGCAAUAUGUGGAUGCAGCAGUGCUGGAUUCUUUUUCACUUCAGUGUUAUUAGGAACUGUACUACCAGUAAAACUGAUCUGAGUGACUUUGUGUAGAGGUUUAUUCCUUUUGUUAUGUAUACCACUAUUACACAGCUUGACCUAGUGUACUUGGGGCCUAUUAAACUCUAAAGUUUAGAUUUUU